UAGACAACGUUUUAAAACGUGCGGAUGUCAUGUUUACUUACAUUUUCAUAAAUGCAGUAAACACCGGCAAACACUAUAUUUUGAACUGCAUAUUUGUCAUCUAAAGUUCGAUUGAGCGAAACUCAAUAUUUUUCCAUUUAUCAGAAUCACUUUGUUAAAAUGGGGAAGCAAUAUUACUGUGAUUAUUGUAACCGAUCCUUCAAAGAAAAUCAAGAUGCGCGGAAAAAGCACUUGUCUAGUUUGGUGCACCUCAACAACAAAUCUGAUCAUUACCAUCGGUACAAAGAACCCGAGGAAAUAUUGAGGGAUGAAUCAUCGAAGAUCACUUGCAAAAAGUUCGCCCAAAACGGAGAAUGUCUGUUUGGAAACACUUGCAAGUUUACUCACUUCACGCCGCAUAUGCUAUGGGAAUUAAAACGAUUGGUUGCAAUGAAAAAAGAAGCUGAAGCAAAUUCAAACUUAAGUUGGCCAAAUCCCAGUGAAAUUGCUAAAGAGUUUUUUGAAGAUUUAACAGACAGUCGUGAAAUGAAUCGUGUAGAACAACCAGUUUGGACUCUCCCUGCUGAAUUACACAAUUAUCCUAACCUGCCGCCUUCAUUGUGGCCAAUAACGGUGGAAACAGUUACAACCCCCGAUUGCGGAAAAUGGGGAUACUGAUUAUUAUUUUUGAUGUACCUAUGUGAUUGUAAUUGAAUAAAUCUCAUAAUUUUAUAACAAU